CGCGACAAAACAAAACGCCGUUUUACGCCGCGCUGCUACCACAGUGUAGUCCACCUCAGCUGCGCCCGCGCGCGAGCGGGCGCGCCGUGAGAUUCUCGCCACCUUCUUUUACUGGCGCGUUAGACGAUUUAUAGGCGCGCCACGCAUGGCGAGUUGGUCGCUCGCUCGUCACGCGGUAGCGGUAGCUUGCUACCUCAGCUUCAGCCCACCCCGAGAAAGACUGGCUCGCUGGCCUGGCCAUGGACCGCCGUGUCGUGACCGUGCAGGCGGAGGAGGACGAGAUGGUGCGGCAGCGGCAGCGGCAGCGUCAGCUCGUGCGCGAGCGUGGGAGGCGCAUCAAGGCGGCGGCGGAGCUCGGGCUGGCGCGGUCGUCGUCGGGCGGGCGGCAGUGGGGCCGCGCGCUGGGCCGGCGAGCUCUCCUGCUCCGGAAGGGCCCCGCUACAGCGGCGCUCUCGUCAUCGACGCUACUGCUAGAGACGUCGGCUGGCCAGGAGGAGUCGAAGCAGGGGAAGGCGAUGGAGGGAGAAGCAGAGCAGGAGGAGGAGGAGGAGGAGGUGAUGGUGGAUGAGAAGGUGGCGGUGCUGCGGCAGCUGGUGCCGGGGGGCGAGGCGAUGGCGGUGGAGCGGCUGCUGGACGAGACGGCCGAUUACAUUGCCGCUUUGCGUGCGCAGGUCGGCGUCAUGCGCGCGCUCGCCUGCCUCCUGUCCGGCCUCGGCUCGCCGCCGGAGAAAGAAAUAUCCGUCACGCCGGAGAAGCCUAUAUGAGAAUGAUGCGUGGGCGCCACAGGUUACGUGUGUCUCGUAAGAGGUCUCGUGUAAGCGCGCGUUUGAAUCUUCUGUAGUGAGUUUCGUUCGUUUCUACUCUUCGUACGCAUUACUUGUUCCCUUUCACCUCUUGCUAGGCUGGCAGGCAAACGCAUGUUAUUUUGUAUAGUGGGACAACAAGCUAGAUGCAAGUAGGAAUUUUAGUGUAAGCUCUGCCACUUGAAUUUUCCACCUCCUGGUGCUGUUGCCCCUGUCGUCGGAACAUGGAAGUAGCAGCAACAAAUGCAGAUUAGCUAGCUGCUGGUGAUUAGGAGUUGUGAAUGCAUGGCACCAGAUUUUAUUGAAUUUUGUUGCUAGGCAAAAGUUAGUACGAGUAUA